AAGCUUCAAGGAUCAAUAGUUUUGUUAUUGAAUAACAGUGAUCAAGUCUAGUCUCUUCCUUUGUCAUUAAACAGAAAUGGCUUAUCCUUCUUAACGUGAUUACAACAAUUAAUAUCGACUUUAACAAGAGACAUUAAUCUUAUCGAAGUUUCAUCCUUAAAUUAUCAACUCCAUGUAAUUUACACAUAAUUAUUAUGUGUUUGUGUUAUCAUUAAACUUGUAUAUUGCUGGGCUUGCGCCAUUUUAAGGAAAACCCGCCUGAAAAUGAAACAAACAUUGUGAGUAAAAGUUGAUGUUGGAAAGACGUUGGAAGCAAAAUCAGAGGCAAACUCAGUUCUCAUUCAGGUUUUUGUUUGGUCUGUUUGUUUCAAUUGAACUCCAAUCGAAACUUGGUGAAUAGUUAAACUGGGUUAUUGUUUUGCUGUUGUUUUUGGUCAAUCAAAUUGUUCUAAUGAAAUAUUUUCAUCUGUCAUCUGACGAGUUGCCAUUGAACUUGUCUUACCCAUGAUUCACAUCAAUUUUCAACUGUGACUCUUCAACCCUUAUUUUGUCUACAACCUUAAACCUUUACAAAAAUCAGUUUUCUGCUCAUCAAAAUGGUGAUCACCUAAGUGUUCCAAUAAAUUUACUCCGCUAACAACUUGAAUGUUAAUAAUCAUAUAAAUAUAUUCAUUUUACCAUACUGGUCCAAAGUGUCAGUGAAAUCAGUUUAAUUAAUUAUCACCGAGUGACAGUAAAAAAGAAAUCACUUAACAUCAAUAAAGUUGAAAAACAUAAAUCUAAACAAUCCUACUCUCUUGUCAACAAUAAUUUUCAUUUUGCAACGGAAAAAAAGCUGUUGUCUCAUCAUCAUUGGCUAGUUUAAAUAAUAUUAAUUAUAAAAUUGUAACUCAACAGUCAAACAGUUCACUUUUGAAAAAAAACAAAGCUGUCGCCAUUUUUAUCAUCCUUACCAUCUUUAUCAUAAUCAUCUCACUUUUAACCAAAUUGACAUCAUAACUUGUAACAUCUUUUUAACCGGAUUUUUCAUCAGUUGUGCUUCACAAGUGAUUAACAGUGUAUAUUUUUCACUUUCUCAUUCUAUACAUAGCUACCAACAAUACCAAAUAAAUCAACCUAAUUUUAACCACAAACUGACUACUGUUUAAACAUGGGUGCCGACGGAGGAAUAAGUGUCAGUUUUAGUGUUUCUGUACCCCAAUUGAAAGACCUUAUGGAAUGUAGGGGUAAAGAAGCUAUAACUAAGCUUGAUAGUGAAUUUGGAGGAGCUCAAGGCUUGUGUGCUAAACUAAAUACAUCACCGACUAAUGGGUUAAGUGGAGCUCAAAGUGAUUUAGAAGAACGACGAACGAUAUUUGGUGCAAAUGAGAUCCCUCCAAAGCCACCUAAAACAUUUUUACAGCUUGUCUUAGAAGCUCUUCAAGAUGUUACAUUGAUUAUAUUACAAGUAGCUGCCAUCAUAUCCCUGUUACUAUCACUUUAUUCGGCUCCUGACCAUGGAGAAGGAGGUGGAGGAGAUGAUAGUGAAUCAUCAGCAAGCUGGAUUGAAGGAGUAGCCAUUCUUGUUUCAGUCGCCAUCGUUGUCUUAGUAACUGCCAUUAAUGAUUAUACCAAAGAAAAACAAUUUAGAGGUUUACAAGAGCGCAUUGAACAAGAGCAUAAAUUUGCUGUUGUCAGAGGCGGUGAAGUAAUUCAAAUACUGGUUAAUGAAAUUGUUGUUGGUGAUAUUUGUCAAGUUAAAUACGGUGAUUUGCUUCCAGCUGAUGGAGUUUUAAUUGCCAGCAAUGAUUUAAAGAUUGAUGAAAGUUCGUUAACCGGUGAAUCGGAUCAUGUACGGAAAGCACCUGAAGUCGACCCUUUACUUUUAUCAGGAACCCAUGUUAUGGAGGGAAGUGGACGAAUGAUUGUAACAGCAGUUGGUAUCAACUCGCAAGCUGGUAUUAUUUUAGCGCUGUUAGGCGCUGCUGAUAUUGAAGAUUCAAAUAAACAAAAAGAUGUUGACCAAAUUAAUCAAUCAACUGGAGUCGCCAAUGGAUCAUCAGAUCAACAAAAAAAGGUUAAAGCAAGUAAAGCAAAAAAAGAGGAAAAUGAAUCCAAAGAAGCAAAGUCAAUCCUUCAAGCCAAACUAACUAAACUUGCCAUUCAAAUUAGCUAUGCAGGUUCAAUCAUUGCUAUUUUAACGGUUGCAAUAAUGACGAUUCGAUACUUAAUUGCUGAAUUUGCCAUUAAAAAAGCUCGAUUUUCAUUAGCAAAAGAUUUGCAAUAUUUUGUAAAAUUUGUAAUUAUUGGUGUAACUGUUUUGGUAGUUGCUGUUCCUGAAGGUCUUCCAUUGGCAGUAACUUUGGCUCUUGCCUAUUCCGUUAAGAGAAUGAUGGAAGAUAAUAAUCUGGUUCGUCAUUUAGAUGCUUGUGAAACCAUGGGCAAUGCAACCGCCAUUUGUUCAGAUAAAACUGGAACAUUGACCACCAACAGGAUGACUUGUGUUUCAGCUUGGGUUGCUGGACAUCGAUAUAAAGAAAUACCUAAAUAUGAAGAUUUACCCAAAGACGUUGCUGACUUGCUAAUUGAAGGAAUCUCAAUCAACUCUGGUUAUACAACUCGAAUCAUUGCUCCUGAAAAUCCUGGUGAACUGCCCAAGCAUGUUGGUAAUAAAACUGAAUGUGGAUUAUUGGGAUUUGUUUUAGCUCUUGGUAAACAUUAUCAAAAGGUUCGAGAUGAAAUACCAGAGGAAAAAUUGUACAAGGUUUACACCUUUAAUUCUGUUCGUAAAUCAAUGUCCACCGUGAUUAAAACAUCCAAUGGUUUCCGUGUAUUUACCAAAGGAGCUUCAGAAAUUGUAACCAAAAAGUGUACCUUUAUUCAUGGGUCUGGAGGUAAACUGGAUAAAUUUAGUCGAACCGAUCAGGAUAAUAUUGUCAAGGAAGUUAUUGAACCGAUGGCCUGUGAUGGCCUAAGAACCAUGACCAUUGCAUAUAAAGAGUUUGUCUACAAUCAACCGACGUCCAUUAAUCAAGUGCAUAUUACCGAGGAACCUGAUUGGGAAGAUGAAACUGCAGUUAUAUCUAAACUCACAUGUUUGGGUAUUUGUGGUAUUGAGGAUCCAGUUAGGCCUGAAGUUCCUGAUGCAAUAAGAAAGUGUCAAAGAGCAGGAAUUACCGUUCGAAUGGUUACUGGAGAUAAUGUUAACACUGCUCGUUCGAUUGCAAUGAAAUGUGGCAUCAUUAAACCAGGCGAAGAUUUUCUGGUUCUUGAGGGAAAAGAGUAUAAUAAACGUAUCCGUGACUCUAAUGGUGAAGUUCAACAAGCUCUUUUCGAUCGUAUCUGGCCUCGUUUACGGGUUCUUGCUCGUUCAUCACCGUCCGACAAAUAUGUUCUUGUUAAACACAUGAUUGAAUCCAAAAUAAGUCCUGCUCGGGAAGUUGUUGCUGUCACUGGAGAUGGUACAAAUGAUGGUCCAGCACUGAAAAAGGCAGAUGUUGGUUUCGCUAUGGGUAUAACUGGAACUGAUGUGGCUAAAGAAGCAUCUGAUAUCAUUUUGACUGAUGACAAUUUCAGUAGCAUUGUAAAAGCCGUCAUGUGGGGACGAAACGUUUAUGAUUCAAUUGCCAAGUUUCUUCAAUUUCAACUGACAGUCAACGUAGUUGCUGUAAUUGUUGCUUUUGUUGGUGCUUGUGCUAUCGAGGACAGUCCACUUCGAGCUGUUCAAAUGCUUUGGGUUAACUUAAUCAUGGACACAUUGGCUUCACUAGCGCUGGCCACUGAAGUUCCUACUCUAUCAUUAUUAUUACGAAAACCUUAUGGUCGAACUAAGCCUUUAAUAUCUAGAACUAUGUUGAAAAAUAUUGUUGGUCAGACAAUUUAUCAACUCACAGUUGUUUUUUAUUUUCUAUUUCAUGGUCACGUAUUUUUCGAUAUUGACACGGGAAUGUAUGCUCCAAUCGGGGCCCCUCCAUCACAACAUUUUACCAUCAUUUUUAAUACUUUUGUCAUGAUGACGCUUUUCAAUGAAAUUAAUGCCCGUAAAAUUCGUGGGGAAAGAAACAUUUUUGAAAAUAUAACAAGAAAUCCUAUUUUCUGUAUUGUUAUCAUAGUUACUCUUGUUGGACAGGUUUUAAUUGUCGAAUUCGGUGGUCGAGCAUUUUCAGUGGCCCCCUUAACUCUUGAACAAUGGAUGUGGUGUAUAUUUUUUGGAGUUGGUGUCAUGGUUUGGGGUCAAAUAUUAACUACUAUUCCAAAGAGUAUUUUAACUAAGAAAUUCUCAGUCGGUCGUAAACCACCUGAAGAUAUGAUUGUUGCUCCUGUUUCAAUGUGGGAUGACGGCAAAAGGGAAUCUUAUGCAAGAGACAAAGCUUCAGGCCGAAUUUUAUGGGUUAGAGGAAUUAAGCGUCUUCAACAUCAAAUUCGUGUUGUCCAUGCAUUCCGGACCGGUGUGGAUGAAAGAAGCAUCCCAUCUCAAUCUUUAUUGCGAAGUGCAUUCCUUCAUUCGGCUCCAUCAAUUGACAACGAGAAAAUGAACGAAGCUACAUCAGCGGAAAAUGUGAAUGUUGAAAAUCAAGCACAUCUUCGUCUUACGACAGCACAAGCUGACUGAGAGAUGGACCAAAUCGGAAACUAUUUUGGAUCUAAUAUUAGAUCGAGGGUAAAAGGAUGGCGUAAAUGCAAAAACCUUUACUAAAGUAUCAUUACCGAAUAACGCACGCAAAUACAUUCAUCAUCACAAUCAACCAAAUCAUAUUUACUUAAACGGAAUCUACAUUAAAUCAGACUGAAUCAAGAAAAAUAAUAAACAAAACGAGAUAUAAAAAAGAAUCACAAUAUUUAAAGACGACAAUUAAAUGAUUAAAUAUUUUAGCUUUUUUUACUACCUUUAAAUAUGAAAAAAAGUAAAAAAUAGAAACUAAAGAUUAAGAUGACUUUUUGGUUUAUCUAAUGGACAAUGUUAAUCUGUUAAUAUUUAAAGCUAUACUGACUUUGGACUUCAUUUUGUGCUGCUUUUAGUUAGCAUUUUGUUUUAUUCAACAAAACUCGAAAUUUUAAAAAUUAAUCGGAUGAUAAUUAAACUCAAUUUAACUCACUUCAAGGCAAAAUGCAUCACACCAACAAAAGGAUUGAAAACUAAGCAACCAAAUGAAAUCUGCCUUUCAUAUUUUAAAUUUACAUUUUUGACCAAGUGCCCUGUCUGGUUAUUAACAAGCCAUAAUUUAUUAACAUCAUACAAAUCAAAUACUUUCAUGUUUAAAUUAUCAACUCAAAGCAACUUUGGAUUAUCCUGAAAUUAUUGAGCUACUUAAACCAGACUGAAGAGAGACCAGGAAAAAGGAAAGCUGUUUACAAGGAGUUGGCAAAGUUAAUUUCAAUGGAUUUGCUUUCAAUAAUCUUUUAGGAUUACGAAUUUCUGAUUAGCCCAGAAUGAGAAUACGUAUUAUUUUCAUUAAUAGCGUGUAAAUUACAUAUUUGCUGAUUCCAGAAUGAAAAUGGUCAUUCUUGGAGAGCGAGUAUUUCUGAUUAUAUCUUAACAAUUAUGUAUUAGAAUGGGUUUUACGUUUGCUUUUGUUUUUCAUUUUUUAAUUUGAUUUCUCAUCAUUUGUCUGCUUAUUGAGAUAGUUAAUCUCGAUACAUUUGCAUUGAUAUUGUUUUAAUAUUCAAAAGCUCUCAGUUUCAAUAACCAAUACUGACUCUCUAUAUCAUUAUAUAUCUUGACAUCUCUUGAUUGAGAUUAAUAAUUGUUAUGAAAAUAAUAGCUUAACUGUGCCUUGUACCAAAAUUAAAUGCUAAGAUAUAAUGGAGCAAAAAACAACAAUGUAAUCAAUUAAAAUGAAAAAUGAAAGCAAAUUAAAGCAAAUCUUGAAAGUUAAUAUCAA